ACCAAAGCUCGCAAGCAAUUAUUUAUGCAUGUGGUCCACGCACUCAGUCUGAGAAACACUGACUCGACUUAAAAGUCUUUAUAAUGCUCAGAUUUCGGAAAUGCUAUUGACCUGAAACAUCUCAUGAAGUUAUUAGUUUGAACGCGAGGUGGCGGUACAAGCUAAGAGAGUGAAUGAAAGCUCUGCAGACUCGGUGGACUCUGUUUCACCCGGAAGCCAAGUAAAAAUACAGACCACAUUUACAGCUAAAGCUGAGAUAGAUGUGUCCGGGAAGGCAGUCGUCGCCAGACAAGUUGUAAGAACGAAUUUAAAAAUCUCUGCAAAGACAUCUGAGAGGGUCGACGGUGGAUGUGGUGAUUGGGAGCUGAAAAGGAUUUUUCUUCUGUAAUCAGACAAUAGACACGAUGCAAACUAAAGUACAGAACAAGAAAAGGCAAGUGGCGUUCUUCAUUUUAUUGAUGCUUUGGGGAGAGGUAGGUGCUGAAUCGAUUCAGUAUUCCGUAUUGGAGGAGACAGAUAGUGGCACGUUUGUGGCCAACUUGACAAAGGACCUGGGAUUGAGGGUGGGGGAGCUGGCUGCACGGGGAGCUCGGAUUGUUUUCAAAGGGAACAGACAACAUUUGCAGCUUGAUCCACAGACCCAUGAUUUACUGCUAAAUGAAAAACUGGACCGGGAGGAACUGUGUGGCUCCACUGAGCCGUGUGUGCUACCUUUCCAAGUGUUACUGGAAAACCCCUUGCAGUUUUUUCAGGCUUCCUUGCGAGUCAGAGAUAUAAAUGACCACGCCCCGGAAUUCCCUGCCAGAGAAAUGCUCCUGAAAAUAUCAGAAAUUACUAUGCCAGGAAAGAUAUUUCCUUUGAAAAUGGCACACGAUUUAGACACUGGCAGCAACGGCCUUCAGAGCUACACAAUCAGCUCCAACCCUCACUUCCACGUUCUCACCCGCAAUCGCAGCGAAGGCAGGAAGUUCCCGGAGCUGGUGCUGGACAAACCGUUGGACCGCGAGGAGCAGCCCCGACUCACGCUAACGCUCACCGCGCUGGAUGGUGGGUCUCCGCCCCGGUCAGGGACCUCCGAGAUUCACAUCCAGGUUUUGGACAUCAAUGACAACAUCCCCGAGUUUGCUCAGGAGCUCUAUGAGGCGCAAAUCCCUGAGAACAAUCCCCUCGGCUCUCUGGUUAUUACCGUCUCAGCCAGAGAUUUAGAUGCAGGAUCGUUUGGGAAGGUAUCUUACGCCCUGUUUCAAGUCGAUGACAUCAACCAACCGUUCGAAAUAAACGCAAUCACAGGAGAAAUUCGGUUGAGAAAGGCUUUGGAUUUUGAGGAAGUUCAGUCUUAUGACGUGGAUGUUGAGGCUACAGAUGGUGGGGGCCUAUCAGGAAAAUGUUCUUUAGUCGUCAGGGUCCUGGACGUGAAUGACAACGCCCCUGAACUCACCAUGUCGUUCUUCAUCAGCCCCAUCCCAGAAAACUUGCCAGAGAUCAUAGUGGCAGUUUUCAGUGUUUCAGAUGCAGACUCUGGGCAUAACCAACAGGUUAUUUGUUCAAUAGAGAACAAUCUCCCUUUUCUACUAAGACCUUCCGUGGAGAAUUUCUACACCCUGGUAACAGAUGGGGCACUGGACAGAGAGAGCAGAGCCGAGUACAACAUCACCAUCACCGUUACUGAUUUGGGGACACCCAGGCUGAAAACCCAGCAGAGCAUAACCGUGCUGGUCUCCGACGUCAAUGACAACGCCCCCGCCUUCACCCAAACCUCCUACACCCUGUUCGUCCGCGAGAACAACAGCCCCGCCCUGCACAUCGGCAGUGUCAGCGCCACAGACAGAGACUCAGGCACCAACGCCCAGGUCACCUACUCGCUAUUGCCGCCCCAGGACCCGGGCUACCUGGUGACCAAGGUGGUGGCGGUGGACGGCGACUCGGGCCAGAACGCCUGGCUGUCGUACCAGCUGCUCAAGGCCACGGAGCCCGGGCUGUUCGGUGUGUGGGCGCACAAUGGCGAGGUGCGCACCUCCAGGUUGCUGAGUGAGCGCGACGCGGCCAAGCACAGGCUGGUGGUGCUGGUCAAGGACAAUGGCGAGCCUCCGCGCUCGGCUACCGCCACGCUGCACUUGCUCCUAGUGGACGGCUUCUCCCAGCCCUACCUGCCGCUCCCGGAGGCAGCCGCGGCCCAGGCCCAGGCCGACUCUCUCACCGUCUACCUGGUGGUGGCAUUGGCCUCGGUGUCGUCGCUCUUCCUCUUGUCGUUGCUCCUGUUCGUGGCGGUGCGGCUGUGCAAGAGGAGCAGGGCGACCUCGGUGGGUCGCUGCUCGGUGCCCGAGGGCCCCUUUCCAGGGCAUCUGGUGGACGUGAGCGGCACCAGGACCCUGUCCCAGAGCUACCAGUACGAGGUGUGUAUGAUGGGAGGCUCAGGAACAAAUGAGUUCAAGUUCCUGAAGCCGAUUAUCCCCAACUUCCCUCCUCAGGGCACUGAGAGAGAAAUGGAAGAAACCCCCGCCCUUCCGAAUAGCUUCCCAUUCAGUUAAGUGUGGAAUUAUUUUACUAAAUCUUACUUAUGUUUGGAGAUCUCUUUUAACUUAAAGUUACAUGUUCUGUUUCUUUUUAAUUUACCUCUAUUCUUUAGGUUGAAAUUUUAUAUAAAGUAAGAUACUGGGUGUCUUAGUAUUUCCUGUUCAUGCUUAGGAGUUUAUUACUUCACUUGAGGGUACUUGACAAUAUGAACACAAAGUAAAUUUUUAUUUGCAUAAUUUUAAACUUUUGAAAUUAAAUUAUCUAUUCUUCCCCUACCCCAAAAAAAGUAUUGUAAAUCCUUAAGUAAGAUUGUAUUUCUAGCUAUUGGUAAGAGUUGUUUCACUAUUGCUAUGUAGGACUGUUUUUAAAAUGUGAGUAUUUCAUAUUAUUUAAUCCUCCAGUGUCUCAUUUUGCAGUAACUCCUACAGUGUGUAACACUAAAAAUAAGAACUAAUGAUGGCUAAACACUAAAGUAGCCAUUCAUACUUAUGCAUAUUUUAGUAUCCCAUAAUAGUCAAUCCAAAAUUUUUGUGACUAUAGACUUUACUGAAGUGUCAUCACAUUAGUUUGUGAGCCUCAUGUAAGAACAUGAUGGUCUUCAAAAAAAAAAAAAGUCGUACCAAUUAUAAAUGCUUAAUAAAUAUUUGCUGAACAUUACUAACAUUCUAGUACUGAUUUUUAAAAACACUAUUGUAUCUACAGCAAAAUGCUAAUAUCCUCUGUACAACAAAAUAUCCUUGCCAAUGAGUGAAAGUAUGAAAUAUCACUUCUUAGUCAAAUCACUAUUGCUUUCCUUCAAAACAGAAAACACUCUUGACUCUUCUACUCACCCUACAUACCACUACAGAAAAUAAAAU